CCAACACCUCAUUCGUUGACCUCCCAUGCCCGUAGCUUAAAAUACCUUGGGGUUUCAGGGCCGGCAGCGACGGCGCGGAGCCCUGACUAACCAACUGUCAUCACGCGCCCACGCCCGGCAAGGCCUGCUUCCAUCCCACGUUUCCGUUGCAUGCCCGCCGUGCGCGACUUUCGGAGGUGACGUAAAUCGUUGCGCGUGCCAGGCGCAGCCACCACGCCACACACACAUCGAGAGGUGCAAUAAAGCUGCCAGCCUUCUGUGCGGUUUCCCUUCACUCUCUCCACCCCAUCAAUCUCUCACAUCAUCACCAUGGCGCCCUCCGAGCAGGAACUGCACCAACAGCUGUCCGCCGUGCUGCCCUUGGGCGACGACGAGGUGUCGCAGGUGCUAACCCAAGCCCGCUCCCUGCCCAGCGGCGAGGCCAGUGAAUACCUCAGCUCGCUCGUCGGCGAUUCUCCAGAGGCUCUGCGCUUCAUUUCCUCCUUCAGCGAGUCGCGCUCCGCCUCUGCCAACGGGGAAAAAGCCGCGCUCGCCGCCCGCGACGCAGCCAGCAUGCCUGCCGCCCAGCACAACCCCGCCUCUACCCAGACUUCCUACCCCGCCGACGUCAAAGCGCCGCCCGUCCACGACCACCACGAUGAAAAGCGAGGUCUCGAUGGUCCACCGGCAUAUGCGCCGCCACCUGGAAAUCCUCCAGCAGGCGGCAACCCACCGGCUUUUGCUCCACCAAGCAGCGCCCCGCCCGCCAGUGCGACGAGCAGAGCCCGCGCGCGCCACCACACUAAUCAAGUCAUUGAAGCGGGCAAGGUGCGCGCACGUGAUGAGCAAGAAAUGCAGCAACAGCUGCAGAACCUGCAGUACCAGUACAACAUCUACAACCCCGAAAUCGAACCCGAACACGAGACCGAUUACCCCUGCUCGUGCCCAAUCCAUCAGUACCAGGCGGCAAAGUACCGGCGAUAUGGGGUGCAAGAGCUGUGGUCCAAGGCGGUCAUGUAUCCAGGCGAGAAAGCCUAUAAUGACAACAAGUACAGCUACGGCGGUGUCUUCAGCAGCAACCCAUACCGCAUGCGAGUCAUUUCUCCCUAUGGCUGGGGCCAGACUAAUUGGGGUGGCCCAUUGACGCCCAAAGCCGGCUGGCACGAAAAAUCCAUCCAUCAGACCAUUUCCCUCAACAACGCUCUCAACAAGGAGGCCCAAGCAAGCGUGGACUCCAAAGAGCCCAGACACAGCAUUUGGGAUGACCAUGCCCUGGAUCGAGCCAUGUCGAACAUCGCUCUAGGCGAGAAAAAGAAGCCGCUAGCCGCCCCUCCCCCAGUGGACAAUCGCGAUGCCCGCGAUGAAAAGGCCAGGCUCGAGAACAGGGAAAGUCUAGCACCUCCAUCAAACGGAGCAUCUAACGAUCGACCGAAGACCUCGAAGUUAGCCAGCUUCAGGAAAUCCAUGGGAAUCAAGUCCUCUGAUGAGAGAGCCGUCAGCAAAGUCGAGAAGCAGGUUGGUCAUGGCAACGCCCUUCGCGACCAGAUUGUUGCCGAGGAGAACGGAAGAUGGCCAGAUGCGGAAUGGCAGCAGAUUGUUCUCACCUACCAAGACAAGGUCGGCAUGACGAAGAAGAUUGCCGAACUCCGAGCCCGGAGCCCCAUCCAAUACCUCCAUCUCCUCCGCGCUGGCUACUUUGAGCCGAUCCCUGUCGCCUGGGCAAAUCAGGCUUCGAAUCCGCUCAAGUUCAGCAUCGAGUCUGCAGCUGGCUGGAGAGGCAUUACCCCAGCCUGGCGUGGCUACGAAGAUACGGCCGAGGAGCGACUCUACUGGGUGCUGAAUCACCGUGAGAACCCAGAAGGUGCCACACUCACUCGUCUGAAACCCGAUUUCAUCUCCGAGUUGGAGAUGGCGCGAGCGCGAAUGGCAAAGGCUGUCCCUCCGCCACCGACCUAUUUUGAUGCGGCGGAUACAUGCCACACUCAGCAUACCUCGGAGGGUUAUUCGGCCCAGGUCCCGCCCGCCCCUUUCAGAGCCUACGACCGACCGGAGCAGGCUUCCGACGACACGAUGAUCCUCCUGGAUGUGUCUGGCUCGAUGGAUUUCCAGCCGGUCAGACCUGUGUACGAUCGAUAUCUCAUCACUCGAUACGAAAGAGGCACUCAGCCCAAGAACAAAGACGUUGCGAAAGCGAUCAUCCGCCGCUUUACCGAUGCCAUGACUAACCAUGACCAUUCAAACACCGGCUACGAUCUCGUCACCUUCUCGAACCGUUCAGAGUACAUCGGCACCGUCAAUCACGAGAACCUCGACCGCAUGUGGCAGAAAGUGCACAUCGGCGGCGGCACGCGCGUCAUGACGGGCUGGCAGAAAGUCAAGGAGCUGCACUUCCAAAAACACUCCGAAUCCGCCACCUACCAUCCCAUUUACGGCUGGCAAGCCGGCCCGCAAACGCCCAUCCUCCGGAUGUUGCUGCUGCUCGACGGUGAGGCGACAGACAUGGAUGAGUUCGAGCUCGACAUCCUCUCGCUGUCGUGGGCGCAUAUCACCAUCUUCCUCAUCGGCGUGGAGGGCUGCCCGCAUCAUCAUCGACAUGCCAACGAACUGCAGCGUAUCUCGGAUGUGAACCACCAUGUGUCGUUUGUCGAUGCACAGGGCAACACACCUGAGCGCUUUGUGACGCACGAGCUGUUGAAGAGGCAUUUGGGGUACGACAUGAGCUAUCAGGAAUUCGAGGGGAUUGAGGAAUUGCCCGCAUACACUGCAUGAUGACGGGUUGAUGUUGUGGAAGCGAUUGCACUCGUUAUUGUCGCUGAAUCGCGUGUUGUGUUUUUUCGAGCGAUCCUCUUUGAUUAUGGUUCAUACCCAGGUUCAUUUCCUACAUGCAUUUCCUACAAAGGCACACCUCUUACCACAUUCACUGUAAAUUCUUCCGUGCUCG